AUGCAGUUUUCGCAACAAUCAAUGGAUUCAAUCCAAUCAAUGGAAGCAAAUGUCUUGAACGAUUCGAUGAAUUGUUAUCAAUCAAUGGAAAAUUAUCAAGAUAAAUAUGAUUACAAUCAAUGCAUCGAUUCUCAACAAUUCAAUUAUGUUGGACAAUUUAGUCAAGAUUCAACAUAUGGAAGCCAACAAUACAAUUCACAAAAAAUCGAUUCUAUCAAUUCAUUUAGUCCAGUUGUUUUGUAUAAUCCAAGUCAGACCCUUCCAAAUAAUUUUCAAGAAAAUAAUGACGUUCAAUAUCUUCAUUCAAAUCAACAACCAUUGAAUAAUGUUGUUAACCAAUAUUUAGAUAAUGUUCCAAUUCGUUAUGAAACAAAUGGAUACAAUAAAGCUCCGACAAACGAGCUUUAUUACGUUGAUUAUCUCAUGCACUUUCCAAAAUGUCUUCGAAAUAUUGUGAGAUUGACAACAGAUAUAAAAUUUUCCAAUGAAACCGGUAUAACAUUGAACCAGACAAACAAACGCUACAAAUCUAUUCGAUUGAAUAAUCCGCUCCGUUUAGAGCAAUAUAGUUGGCUAAUUGAUCGUUUGAUUGAAAAUUGUAAAACUGAUCAAUAUAAUGGACCAAGAGACCUCUAUUAUCAAAAUAUAGGAUUAUUCCCUAACGUUAAUAUAAUCACUACGUUAUUGAAUGAUAUAUGUUGCACUGUGGGAGUGACACGAAUGAAUUUAAAUGUUACGGUCAGUCAAAAAGGAUUUGUUUUUGGUGAUUUAACAAUAUCAUAUCGAAACAAAAUGAUCCUUUAUGAUUCGAAUACAAAAUCAUCGAUGCUUAUUCCUGAUUGCAUUCAAGAUUUGAAAAUUUGUCAUUCUAAUGCGCGAUUCAUACUUGUAGUCGAAAAGUACACAACAUUUGCACAUUUAAUCUCAAAUGGAAUUGCUGAACGAUUUCCAUUAAUCAUGAUUACUGGAUCUGGAUAUCCAGAUUUGAAGACAAGAAGUUUCUUACAAAAAUUAUGGUUCGAAUUAAAAUUGCCAGUAUUCGCUUUUAUGGAUGGCGAUGCUUAUGGAAUUGAUAUAAUUUUAUCAUACAAAUAUGGUUCUAUUCAAUCAGCAUAUCAGAAUCAUCAUCUAAUUGUACCAAGUAUCCAAUGGUUGGGAAUAACUGCCGAUGAUAUCAAUGAUUUUCAAUUGAAAGGAAUCCGUUACAAACGAAAUGAACUGAAAAAAUUCGAUUCGCUUUUGAAGCGUAAAGAUGUUUUUGACAACAAUAUAUGGGCUGAUGAAAUAAGAAAGAUGAAACAAUUGGGCAUUAAAGUUGAAAUUCAAGAUUUGGUAGAUUAUUCACCACGAUUUUUGAUCGAUUGUUAUUUUCCAUAUAAAUUUUCAUACGGUAAAUGGUUCUGAAAUAAUUCGAAUACAAUAUCGAUUCUAAUUCAAGAUGAUCAAACUUUUCAUUCACAAAUUAAAAAAAACUAACUUUAAUUUCUGUUUAAUUUUUA